UCCAGUUGUGAAUCGGAACCACAGUCGUCGGCUCAGUAAACGAGAUUUCUUUGUAUAUAUCACUUAUUCUUUUAAGUUAUCAUUUAUUAAUGAAAAUAGAAAAGUCAACACUAUUUAUUGUUUACAAAAAUAAAUAAUGGCUGCCAGUAGUAAUCCCUCUAUUGAGAGUUUAGUGAACGAGGCGAGCAAGGUUUAUUUGCGGGAAUUCAAAAGUUCUCCUACUACAGCCGUUUGCGCUCCUGGAAGGGUUAAUUUAAUUGGGGAACACACAGAUUACAACGACGGAUUCGUUUUACCAAUGGCCCUUCCUCUCGUUACGGUAAUUGUAGGAAGUCAAAUACCUGGAGAAGAAUCCGUUAUUUUAACAACAAAUGAAGCAGUAGAUCCACCUUUAAAGGUUCAAAUUGAAAUGCCCAAUAAGAAUGCUUUAGUCAAAGUCAUUCCACGUGGAAAACCAAAAUGGGCCAAUUACGUAAGAGGAGUAAUUUCCAAAUACAAGGGUAAUUUACCAUCAUUCCAAGCAGUUAUUGCAACAAGUGUGCCAACGGGUGGAGGACUAUCUAGUAGCGCGUCUUUUGAGGUAGCAACAUACACUUUUUUAGAUGCUUUAAAUGGAAAUAGUUCAGUGUCUCCUAUAGAAAAAGCAUUAAUUUGCCAAAAAGCUGAACACGACUUCGCAGAUGUACCAUGUGGCGUCAUGGAUCAAUUUAUUUCCGUCAUGGGCAAAAAGGAUCAUGCUCUUCUAAUAGACUGCAGAUCUAUGACAUCAACUUUAAUUCCCUUAGCUGACCCUGACCUAGUGAUAUUGGUCACAAACUCGAACGUUAAACACGAACUAACCGGAAGUGAAUAUUCAACAAGGAAACAGCAAUGUCAGCAGGCCGCCCUUCUACUUAAAAAGCUCAGUUUAAGGGACGCCACCCUCGCCGAUAUCGACUAUCUGAAGUCGAUAGGAACAGAUGAAGAAAUUGUGAAGCGAAUUCGUCACGUCGUCACGGAGAUCGAAAGAACCGUUCAGGCCGCAGAAGCCCUCAAAGAGAAAGAUUUCGUAAAAUUCGGAAAAUUAAUGGUACAAAGUCACAACUCUUUGAGGGACGAUUACGAAGUGUCUUGUCCCGAAUUGGAUACUUUGGUUGAAUUGGCACUACAAGUGGAUGGAGUUUUGGGAAGCAGGAUGACCGGGGGUGGUUUUGGGGGCUGUACAGUUACAUUGGCUUACAAAAACGCUGUUGAUGAAGUUAUCCGUAAUAUUACAAAAAAAUUUAAAGGAAAACCAACAUUCUAUAUUUGUACUCCUAGAGAUGGUGCCAAAAUCCUCAGCUUGUAAAAAAAGGACAAAAUUGUAGAAAUAUUGAUGACAAUAUCGGGUAGGAACCUAUUUUCCAAUACAAUAGCUAAUACGUUUUGUACAUAAAUUAAAUAAACAUUAAAUAAAUCAAGUAAAUGUAAUAAAUAAAACAAUCGACUCUG